AUGUCGACAAAAACACUAUUGUCACUUCUGCUUGCUGUAUCCACUUCCUUGGUAGCAGCAGCGACCUCCUUUGAUGGGCCGUACAUACAGCCCAGUAUCUCCAACGGUGCCGUAGAAUGGUGGUGGGCUCAAGUCAUCGGAAAAGCAAUAGGCGACAGCCCGCCUCCGGCAUUCCAACUCCUCUUUUACCAAGGCACGUUCUCCAUAUAUUGGCACUGUUACCCCAUCCAAGAAGGCGAUCGCGACCCAACACUCCCUGAGUACUACAUCACCAUCAAUGGUUUCCUCUCCAACGGCACUGCGAUCAGUCUCACCAUACCCUCUGAUACCGGUGACAUUACCACUACCGAUGGCUCUGAGGAAGUUACAGGCACUUGGGGCACCGUCGGUUCUUUCCACCUCGAGCCAGAUUUCUCCUCAUGGACGGUCAACUUCACUGCGGAAGAAUAUGGGCUCACUGGAAACAUAGUGUUCAUCCCUAACUCGGCCGAGCAUCAUUUCGCCUGUAAUACUACAAAGGACCCGUAUUUCUCCGGAGCAGUCGAGAGUCUGGUCAGCAAUGGAACGACGCUGAGUGAUGCGGAAGACAUUUUGUACAACCAGCUGGGUUGGGCGACAACUAUACCCGGCGGCACAGCUGUUGUGGAUGUCGUCGUCGACGGUAUUCCACUCCAAUUCACCGGUGAUGGUUACCACGAUGCGAACUGGGCCCCUGAACCCCUCAACAACAUCGUCUCCACGUGGUACUUCGGCUCAGGCCAAGUCGGACCUUACGAUUUUUCAUAUGUCUCCGCAACGCCUGUCUCCACGAACUCCCCUUCGCCUCUUACCCUGAACACAGGUUAUCUCUCCAUUGACGGCGUCAUCCUGCAGAAUCAGUGCUCCGUCGAAGGUACGAAGACGAAGGAUAUCAGCACGAUUACGCCCUAUGGCUCUGUAGAAGACAACGGGUUAACGAUUCCCGCCGGAUAUGUGCUCGAGUUCGUGCUUGGUGAUGAGGAGACGUACAGUUUCAAUCUCAGUUCGUCGGGGCAGAACCCGGACCAGAGCAUUUAUCACAGAUGGGUCGGGACGGCUGUGGGUGGGAAUGUGGCGAGUGGGGAGCAACUUGAGGGGAGCACUGUAUUUGAGUGGCUCAAUCCGGGCCUUCUUGUUUACACUCCUUAGUCGUACGGUCGAGGGUCCGCGGUAUGCAAAGGGC